CCGUGAUAAUCGAAUGGGACUCCGUCAAAACAUCAGAGACCUUUGUGACUUAACAACAGUCACAUGUACACCGGAACACAGUGCUCGUCAAUAAAAGCAAAGUUUGACAAUUAUCGACGUAAUCCGGGAUAAGCAGGAUGAAUUUCGAUGAUCGUGCGUGUUUACUUCCGAUCAGCCGUGUUUACACUUUUUACGCUGUAUCACGUGCAAGUGUUGUCUGACAAGGUAACGCGAAGAGUGCCAUCAACAGCGCCAGAUGGGAUCGGGCAUUUCGUGUCCGUAAAGCAACGUGAUCGGACGAGAGAAAUUUUAAAAAGUUCGCCAUGGUCGCUCGUAGAACCUGCUGCAUUGAUGUGUCAUUAGCGGCGAGGAUAAUCGGGGCGUAUACGAUAUCCACUUCGGUUCUAAUGAUAAACGUAUUGGUAAGCAACUUUUUCUCGAAGAGUGAGGAUGAAGAUUUUUUCAAAGUCGCCAAGAACUGGGCAAUACUGGGAUUAAAUUGGAUGCAAGCUUUCAGAUACAUGCAUCUGCAGAACAAAGUGCAAGCAGCCAUGAUGUGUUUCUUAACAUACAUUAGUCUAUUUCUGCUGGCCGGUGCGUAUCUCGCCUUGGGAUCGAUUACAAGGAGAUUUAAGUACGCCGUGCCUUGGAUGUAUUUGCAAAUAAUUAGCAUAACAGAUCAGACCAUGGCGCUAUCUGAUCAUAUAAUACAGGAGCCACAAAACGCUACUUUAGCUAGAUCCGUGACAUACAGCAUCUAUUUAAUUUUAAGCAUCUAUUUGUGGAUGAUCGUGCAUGCUGCCCGAAAACAAUGGUACGAGGAGCAACAAAAUCACGUGGAAUGCGAACCGAGAGUGUCGGAUCCUCUACCAGCAUUACCCACAAACGGCAGCGGCUCGAAGUCACCGUCCUUUCUCUCGCAAAACUUUUCCAUGUUCAAAUCAUCGCGACCGCCGACUAUUCUGCCCAAAUAACAAAGUGGAAAAGUCCACGAAGAACUGUGGAUAAUUCUUAAAGGAUUCUGACAUAAUCGGACGAAGGGAGCCAUUGUCAGAACUUAUAGGAUCGAGGAGAAUGAUUUAAAGAACCAAUGUGUGAAAUGGAGAAGCCAAGAGAUUUUCUUCUUAAAAAAUAUCCCGUUAUUCGACGUUUUUUUAACAUUAUCACUCAAAACUACGCUAUUUAUAUAUAUUUAUUUUAUAGACAUAAAGAUCGACGAUUGAUAAAUUACGCAGCUAGCAAGUGCACAUGAUUUUGGCAUCAAAUGACGUGCAUUUACUACCUGGAUAUUCAUCUGUCACGCAUAUGCUCAAAACUUUGAUGGAAUUUUUUCUACGAAAUUCAUAGAACCAUCGACAAAAUUUAUUUAACAUUAUUGCAUGACACAUAGUAGCUCCAUUAUACAUGAUAAUGUUUGCUAUGACGACUAUUGACAAGAUACAAUUUUAUCAAAGACAUAGAUAAAUAGAAUUAAAUUCAAAUUUAAUUAAAUCAAUGUUUAAUGCGAGUUCUAGAGAUAAGACACGUAAACAUUUUUUAAUACAAGAAAUAUAUGAAACGGAUUUGUGUUGAUUUUAAUGUAUCUAUUCGAAAGCUACACAAGAUAUAUUUGAGAACUUAUUGUUA